AUGAAUGUCCACGAGUUGUUGGUUAUUGGAGAUUCAGAUAUGUUGAUUCAUCAUGUUCAAGGAGGGUGGGCCAUGAAGAACCCAAAGAUUAUACCUUACGUGCAAUCUGUACUUAAGUUGUGUAAAAGAAUACGUAAGAUCGAGUUCAGACAUAUUCCCACAGUACACAAUGUGUUGGCCUAUGCUCUUUCCACCAUUACUUCAAUGAUCAAAUAUCCAGAUACUGAUUAUAUUGAUCCUCUAGAUAUAGAGCUGAAAGAACAUCCAGUCCUUUGUUCACAUGUUCAAGUAGAAUCGGACAGUUUGUCAUGGUAUUUUGAUAUAAAGAGGAGGACUCCCGAUUUUGGUCUUCUCAAGUGUGUCGAUGUUGUUGAAGUUGCAAAACUAAUUGAACAGAAAUAUCACAAAAGUAAAGUGCACAGUGAUUUGAUUCGAGUGCCGCCUCAUGAAAUUAAUGUUACGAGUUUACCUUAG